AUGAUGUCCACUGAGCAAAUGCAGCCACUAGAGCUCUCUGAAGAUAGAUUGGACAAGCUGGACCCUCUCUGCAGUCACUUGGAUGAUCUUUCAGACCAGUUCAUUAAGGACUGUGACCUCAAAAAGAAGCCAAGAAAGGGGAAAAAUCCACAGGCUACCUUGAACGUUGAGUUGGACCAGAAAAAGCCAAGGAGAAAAGAUACACCAGCACUGCAUAUUCCACCUUUUAUACCAGAUGUGCUUUCAGAACAUUUAAUUAAAAGAUACGAUGUUCAAGAGAGGCAUCCAAAGGGCAAAAUAAGCCCUGCUCUUUAUAACAGCGACCUGGAACAGAAAAAGCCAAGGAGAAAAGAUACACCUGCCCUGCACAUGUCCCCCUUUGCAGCAGAUGUGCGACUGUUCGAAGAUGAGAGAUCUAAAGUGAUCAUGGAAGAUGAUGAAAAGGAUGGUGACAAGAUAGUUAUUUAAAGAUAUUCCCCCUGAGACCCCUUGUAAAUAGGU